AUGCCGGUCCCUCAGGCUCCCGCUCCGGGCAUCCUUGGGCCUCGUCCGGCGAGGCACCAGGCCCACUUUGCCGCGCAGAACGCCGCCCCCUACAGCGGCUACGGUGUCGCGCCCACCUACGGGGCCGCGCCUACCUAUGGCGCCGCCCCCGCGCCGGCCUACGGCGGGUUUUACCCUCCUCAGGUGCCGCAGUCGUGGGACCCGACCCUUCUCGCUGCUCUGCACUCCGCCCCGUCACCGAGUUCCUACGGUGGCGGCGAUGACUGGUACAUGGACUCGGGCGCCACUGCUCACAUGACUGCUUAUCCCGUUACCAAUCUUGUUUCUGUUCGUCGCCUUGCUCGUGAGGACGCCCGUACACGGAUGGUACCGUCACCCUCGGCGUCUCCCGCGGCGCGGUUCGCCCCUGCCUCCACCUCUGGCGAACCGCCCAGCCGCGCACCAGGCUCGGCCCUGCCCGCGCUCCCCGCGCUGGCCGCCCCCGUCGCCGCGGCCCCCUUGGCGGCCCCCGUCGCCGCGGCCCCCCCGGCCGCCGCCAUCGCCGCGGCCCCCGGCCGCCCCUGUCACCGCAGCCCCUAG